AUGCUGCAGCUCAAGUCGGCCAGCACCGUGGCCGACGCCCUCGCCGUGAUGGUGAAGGCCGCCAUGUUCAGCUCCGCCGACGCUGAGAGGCUGAACUCCUUCGUGCAGCAGGGCUCCGAGGACGGCGGCGACAACAUGGGCGCACCCUCGGCCUCCGUGUACGAGGGGCACUCUUCCGGCAUCGUCGCGACCCUGACCGACCUCCUCGAGAAGGCCCAGGCGCAGCUCCAGCAGGCCAUGAGCACCGAGACGGGAAAUCUGCACGCGUUCCAGCAGCUCAAGCAGUCGAUCGAGGACGAGAUCGCGUAUGGCGAGAAGGAGCUGGCGGAGGCCAAAGCCGGAAUUGCGGCUAGCGGCGAGAAGAAGGCCAAGGCGGACGGAGACCUCUCGAGCACAUCCGCGGAUCUGAGCGUGGACGUGAAGACCAAAGCCGACCUGCACCAGCAGUGCAUGACCAAGGCUCAGGAGUUCGAGUCGGAGGUGAAGUCCCGCAGCGAGGAAUUGAAGGCACUGGCCGAGGCAAAGAAGGCCAUGGUCGACAACACUGGAGCUGCUGACUCCCUCUCCUACGGCCUCAACCAAGUCUCCCUGUUCCAGAAGCUCAGCUCUAGCACCGACCUGGCCCACUUCGAGGCCGUGCGCUUCAUCAGGGACCUGGCGCGCAAGCAGAAUUCGAAGUCUCUGGCGCAGCUCGCCUCUAGGAUGGCGACGGCGAUGCGGAUGAGCUCUGGCGGGGCCGACCCCUUCUCGAAAGUGAAGGACAUGAUCGAGAGCCUCGAGAAGGAGGCGGGGGCCGACGCCAAGCACAAGGCUUACUGCGACAAGGAGAUCGCGUACGCUGACGAGAAGAAGGCCAACCGCAUCUCCGAGAUCGAGAAGCUCACAACCUCGAUCGACCAGAUGUCCGCGAGGUCCGCGCAGCUGAAGGAGGAGGUCGCCGCGCUGGAGAAGUCCCUGGGGGACUUGGCCGCCUCCCAGGCGGCGAUGGACAAGCUGAGGGCCCAGGAGCACGAGGAUUUCCUAAGCAACAAGGCAGACAUGGAGCAGGGCAUCAAGGGCGUGAAGAUGGCGCUGAGCGUCCUCACGGCGUACUAUGCGAAGGACGACAAGGCGCAUGACGCCGCCUUGGGCAGCGGAUCCGGUAUCAUCGGCCUCCUGGAAGUAGUCGAGAGCGACUUCACCAAGGGGCUCGCGGAGUACGAGGGCGCGGAGGAGAGCGCCCAGGCCGAGUACGAUCAGACGACGAAGGACAUCGAGAUCGAGACGGCAACCAAGAGCCAGGACGUCAAAUACAAAGUGAAGGAGUCCAAGGACCUCGACAAGGCGACGGCGGCGGCCACGUCGGACCGCUCAGGCGUCCAGACGGAACUCGCCGCCGUCAACAAGUACCUGGAGUCGCUCCACGCCGAGUGCGACGAGACCGCGGACACGUACGAGGAGCAGGUCAGCCGCCGCACCGCGGAGCUGGCGGGCCUGAGGCAGGCGCUCACCAUCCUGGAGGGCGAGGCCGCGCUCCUGCAGCGCGCGGCGCGCCGCCGGGCGCGCCCGGCCGGCCGGCAGCUGCGCGCCUGA